AUGCAAAACCCCAGACGAUUCAAGCGGCCCCGUGCUUUACAGGCUUGUGAAGAAUGUCGCGCAAGGAAAAACCGGUGCAGUGAAGACCGCCCUUGUACCUAUUGCGUAGAACGAGGACUGCAAUGCAGAUACUCGCGAGCGAGGUCGGGGAUCGACAACAGAGCACAAACCCCGACGUAUUGCUCCUCUCGUCCUGCAACUAGGCUGUGGCCGCAAGACGAGGAUCCGCCCAUACAGAUCACCGAUAACGACCGUGCUGACUUGGAAGCAAGCCGGCUUGUAAAGGGCCAUUCCCAGCAGAAUGCAGACUCCUGGUCGGUGUCCACCGCGGAAGAGUCCACCUGGACCGCCCCGACCAAUGCUCUAAGAAGUACAGCGUCCGACGUGAUGGAUACUAACCUACAUACGAGAAACCUAGAGUUCUAUGGUUCCUCUUCAUCCGUUGCAUUUCUUCGCCAUGUCGAAACGUUGGCGAAUCGACAGGCUUCAGGACCACCUAGCGUUCAGCAGGAACGAUCCAUGGCCUCUCGACUGCACAACACUGAGUUCCAACCUGGGACUUCGCAGAAUACUCCAACAUCAAUAAAACAGCACACGGGACUAGACACAGACUCGCCUGAGAUAUGUCCUUUUCGUGUCGCCCGACGCUUCCUUGAUUCUUAUUUCUCUAAUACCCACCAAAUUCAACCUUUGUUUGAAGAAGACGACUUUUUGGCCCGUUGCGAGGAUAUGUGGUUCAACCGACAAGAAAAGCAACCACGAUCUUUUCUCGCUUUGUACUAUGCGAUCUUGAGCAUGGGAAGCUUGGUCAUGCCUUUUGGGACUCCUGAAAUAGCUGGAGCAGAUCGAUUCACAUGGAGCCGUCGGUUGUUUGACGAGGCGCUGGUCAAUGUUACAAAACUUGGUACCACGACGGACCUCGAAAUCGUCCAAUGCUUCUUUAUGCUGGCCAAAGUCUGUCAACAUGAACUCAAUCCUCACUUGGCAUACCUUUACUCUGGCCAGGCAGCAAGGACUGCACUGGCGAUUGGUAUCAACCGGAAACCCGCCAUUCCCGACCCCGGUGAUCCCAGAGCCUCAUCCAUAGCUUGCAAAACAUGGUGGUAUGCUUCCCAUACAGUGGCUUCCAGACUCUUCGCCCUUGGAAGACCUGACAGCCUAGGUCCGGAUCAGUACCAUACUCAAGAUUUCCCUCUGGCCAUGGUGACGAAUACUACUAGACAAUCACUACCGUCUCCACAUGUUCUCGAGAUCGUGCCCCCUAUGGUUUCACUAUCGCGGAUUAUGCGGGAAGUGGCUCUCAAUCUCUAUACUCUCCCGUGCGACAUGGAUCAAAAGCUCGCGCGUGCCAAAACACUCGAUGCUGAACUUGAGCAAUGGCUCGAACAAAUCCCUACACACUUCCAGCCCGACCAACAGAGUACGAGACCCAAAUUCUCCUUGAAACCUACGCGUCUACCUAGUCAUGUCAAAAAGCAGUCCGUCGUCCUGAGACUUCGCUACCUCAACCUGCGUAUGAUGAUACAUGCAGUUUUCAUGGCUAAAUAUCAAACACCGACCACUGAGACCCUGGUGUCUAUCCGAGAUCAUCAGUGCCAGUGCCUACAAACAGCACAGAAUGCCAUUGAUUUGAUGUUCGAAACCUUUUGCGAAGAUGACUUCUUUCAGACAUGGUGGUACAAUGCAACCUAUGCCUUGUUCUCGGUCAGUAUCAUGCUUGCAGGGGCAUUCUACCAUCUUGCAAGAACGCCACAACAGCUUGAUGAUCUCUUCGGCUCCAUCGAUCGAGCAGUCAUGGUCCUUCAAGCCAUGGACGAAUGCGUAGUUGCCCGAAAUUCCACGGCAAUCGUCAAGCGAACGCUCGCUCGAGCGAAAAAGAUCCCUCACCCAGCACUUCUAGGCGGUCAAAGGGCUUCGUCGUCGACGAACCAAAGAAAUUCCACUAACUCUUUGUCAGAGGUCGCCACUAAUCCAGAUCAAACACUUGUGCCUAGUCAGAUUGACAACAGCGUGCAGCCCAAUCCCACCCAUGUGGCCGUAGACGGGACACUUACUGACCUAGACGACUGGCUCAACGCUUAUCCUCCAGAAGACAGUCAGCAAUCUAUGUUCUGGACACAAUGGGCUCAUGAUCUGGACCAACUUGGAACAUAG